AUUUAGAUGUAAUUGACAAAAUUCUUCGCAUUUUUUUCCACCAAUGUCUGAUGUACAAAAAAAAGAGCAAUUACUAAUGAUCAGGCUUCGAUGCCUGCCCGUGCACGAAGAACCGAUCCAAAAAUACACUUUCUUUCAUACUUUUUUUCAGGUUAUUUUUUAACUUUAAGUUUGACGAAGUAUUAUCAUGGGAAACACCCUUCGGCCAGAACACGUUUCCAGAUUUUUCCUACUGAUACUUUCUGUCAUGAGCGGUCUGUUGAAUCUUCCUCAAGCCACUUGCAAGACGUGUAAUACUAAAACUGUUAUACCUGAGAUUAAAAUCUCGUCCAGCCCACCUAACCACACGCUUGCUAUUGGGGCAGCCCUUAAUAUGACCUGUAUAGCGUGGCCGAGGUAUGAUGACAAGCUAUUUCCCAGGAGAUGGAUCAAAUAUAUUCGGUGGUAUGAUCCUCAGGGUAGACCAACUGGAGCCAAAUGCCUGCAGGGUACACCAAGUGUGCUAAAACUACACUGUACAUUAAUGCUCAGAACGAUAACUUCUGAACAGUUUGGAAACUACACUUGUGAGGCAGAGAAUGAUUAUUCGGGAUAUUGCAGGCAAAAAACUGUCGAAAUCGUUUUUCAAGAAAGUGAAAACAUAGUCACGAGUUAUUCGUGGGAGGCACAGUGGCCUGAUGGUCAGCGCACUGGAUUCUAUUUCGAGAGGGUUCGAGACCUGGCUGGGACUAUUCGUUGUGUUUUUGGGAAGAACACUUCACUCUCACAGUGCCUCUGA